AACCAAAUUUCACAAGUUUUUCUGCAACUAUUUCUGGGUGAAAUGUGAGCCGACGUCACGUAAGACGUUUCCUAUCGAUGAAAGAGCGAAAAAAAGUGAGCUGGAGCGUCUCUCUCUCUCUCUCUCUGGCCGUCGACGCUUUCAGAAGAAAAGGAGGAAGCGGAGGGAGGGGAGCCAGUGCGGCUGCAGCAGCACUUACUCCGUUCACGGCCGGCGCAACAUCUGAAGUAACACUCUGACUACAUAAUAAUAAUAAUACAUUUAGAGAAGAAGAAGAAGAAGAAGGCGGGAAGACGAGCACUUUCCUCCAUUUUUCGGCUUCUUUUUUUGCUUCAACAACUUGCGGUGCUCCAUCAUUAAGGCGCGCGGAGAAUGGCAGACUCGGCGGCGACAAACAGCGACGGGGAGGACGGACCCCGCCAGCCCAUGCGGGGCUUCGCUCGGCAGGGAGCUCUCCGGCAGAAGAACGUCCACGAGGUGAAGGACCACAAGUUCAUCCCGCGCUUCUUCAAGCAGCCCACCUUCUGCAGCCACUGCACCGACUUCAUCUGGGGUUUCGGCAAGCAGGGCUUCCAGUGUCAAGUGUGUUGUUUUGUGGUUCACAAACGCUGCCAUGAGUUCGUCACGUUCUCCUGUCCUGGUGCCGACAAAGGACCCGCCUCAGACGACCCGAGGGCGAAGCAUAAGUUUAAGAUCCACACCUACUCCAGCCCCACCUUCUGUGACCACUGUGGCUCUCUGCUCUACGGCCUCAUUCACCAGGGCAUGAGAUGCGACCACUGCAUGAUGAACAUCCACAAGCGCUGCGUGGCCAACGUGCCCAGCCUGUGUGGAACAGACCACACCGAGAGAAGAGGUCGUAUCCAGAUCACCGCCGAGGUCAAGACCAACGUUCUCACCGUCACCAUCAAAGAGGCUCGUAAUCUGGUUCCCAUGGACCCCAACGGUCUGUCAGACCCCUACGUGAAGCUGAAACUGAUCCCGGAUCCUCGAAGCGAGAGCAAACAGAAGACCAAAACUAUAAAGUGCUGCCUCAACCCCACCUGGAACGAGACCUUCAAAUUCCAUCUGAAGGAAUACGAUAAGGACCGCCGCCUGUCGGUGGAGGUGUGGGACUGGGACUUGACCAGCCGCAACGACUUCAUGGGAUCACUGUCCUUCGGCAUCUCGGAGCUCCAAAAACAAGGCGUGGAUGGAUGGUUUAAGCUGCUCUCCCAGGAAGAAGGCGAGUACUUCAAUGUUCCUGUUGCACCGGAGGGGGAGGAGGCCAACGAGGAACUACGGCAGAAAUUUGAGAGAGCUAAGAUUGCCGUAGGAAAGAGCACAGAGGGGAAGUCUGCAAACGCCGCAUCCCGCUUUGACUCCAACGGCAACCAAGAUCGCAUGAGACUGUCUGACUUUAACUUCCUGAUGGUUCUGGGGAAGGGCAGCUUUGGGAAGGUGAUGCUGGCGGAGCGUAAAGGAACAGAGGAGCUGUACGCCAUAAAGAUCCUGAAGAAGGACGUCGUCAUCCAGGACGAUGACGUGGAGUGCACCAUGGUGGAGAAGCGAGUGUUAGCCUUGGCCGGAAAGCCGCCAUUUUUGACACAGCUGCACUCCACCUUCCAGACUAUGGACCGCUUGUAUUUUGUCAUGGAGUACAUAAACGGCGGCGAUCUCAUGUAUCAGAUACAGCAGGUCGGCAAGUUCAAGGAGCCCCACGCCGUGUUCUAUGCUGCGGAGAUAGCUAUUGGUUUGUUUUUCCUUCAUCUAAAAGGCAUCAUCUACAGGGACCUAAAACUGGACAAUGUCAUGUUGGACUGUGAAGGCCACAUUAAGAUUGCAGACUUUGGCAUGUGUAAAGAAAAUAUGAAUGAUGGAAUCACCACCAAGACCUUCUGCGGAACACCAGACUACAUCGCUCCUGAGAUUAUAGCUUACCAACCUUAUGGGAAAUCUGUGGACUGGUGGGCUUUUGGAGUGUUGCUCUAUGAGAUGUUAGCUGGACAGCCUCCUUUCGAUGGUGAGGAUGAGGAUGAGCUGUUCCAGUCCAUCAUGGAGCAUCACGUCUCCUAUCCCAAGUCGAUGUCCAAAGAGGCGGUGGCUAUCUGCAAAGGGCUGAUGACAAAGCAUCCGGCGAAGCGCCUGGGCUGUGGUCCAGAAGGGGAAAGAGACAUCCGAGACCACAGCUUCUUCCGUUACAUGGACUGGGAGAAGCUGGAGAACAAGGAGGUGCAGCCGCCGUUCAAACCCAGAGCUUGUGGACGGGAGGCGGAGAACUUUGACCGAUUUUUCACUCGCCACCCGCCGGUGCUGACCCCUCCGGAUGAGGAAGUGAUUCAGAAUUUGGACCAAGACGAGUUCCAGGGAUUCUCUUUUAUCAACCCGGAGUUUCCAGGAAGUGCUCCCACCACCACUGCUGCUGAGCAGGCUUGAUUUUGGGGACAUGGACACACAAAGGCACACACAAAUGCUUUUUUUGACCUGUAAAAUCCCAACAAUUUCCGCACAAAUACACAUGCAUAUUCCCUCUAAAUGUCCUGGGAUUACUUGUGUUGUCAUGAGUGACCACACUUUAUAGAUGAAGCUCAAAAUACCAGAGAAUCUGCUGAAUCUUGGACAAUGUGUUGACCCUAAAUUGAGAAUAAAACAACCUUUAUUGCAUGUAGUGUAGCACUCUGGAAAGCAAAAACAAAUCGCUGAUUCAUUAUUUACAGCUUCAGCUCAGUAUCCACUUUAGCGAGGAUUAACGUAAUCUUCUUUUUGCAAAGAAUAUUCCUAUAACGGCGUGUUGUACAAUAUUAUGCAUGAUCAAAUGAAUAAUACUGACAAAGAAUAAGAUGCAUGGAGAUCUGGUUCCUAGAAGCUUUAGACUUUUUUUUGCAUUUUUGGGUGACAUCAGCUUGUGUUUCUUGUCGUGAGAACAAAAAGUACACGUAGAAAAUUUGAGUCGCAAAAGUGACUUUGUUUUAUUGUAUCAAUUUGUUUUUUCAUUUUAUACAUUUACUUUGUGAAUAGAACUUGAAUUAACUAACAACUUUAUUUUCUUGCAUUUUUAUUAAAAUUUGGAGAUUUGAAAUUUACUCCACAGGAGAAAAAUGUACUUUGGAAAUCUCUAAAAAAAAAUUGCAUUACAUUAAUUUUCAAACAUUUUUACUAGUUUUUCUUAAUUUUUUUUAACAAUAAAAUAAAAUAAAAAAUCUGACAUCCAAGUAAAAUAUAUACAUAAAACAAAGCAAAUAAUGCAAGUAAUACUGGGUUUUCAAAUGCAAAUAAAAAAAUGUAAACAUUGAUAGUUUUAGGAACCUUUAACUUCAAUAUUACUUGAUUAAAGAGAUGUUUACAUACAAAUUAGUGCCACCAUAAAAAUAAAAGCUAUAAAUGUAUGAGAAUAAAGUCAUUUACUUUGUGAUUAUGAGAAAAAAGUCGUAAUUUUACCAGAAUGUAGUUGUAAAAUUACGAGAAAAAAGGUCACAUUCAACAAGAAUAAAACACAAGUAAGAGUUGAUAUUUUACGAUAAUGUUGUAUUUUCAUAAGUUAUAAACUAAUUUUACUAUUUACAAGAUUAAAAUCAUAAACUUAUGAGCCAAAAGUCUGUUUGAUAAGAAAAAUAGAAACAACAAAAACGAACAAAUAUUGUGUUUCAGUAUAAGGGAUUUAUUGCACAUUGUAAGCGUUCAUUUCAGCAGUGGUAACAUAAAUCAAGAAAUAAUAAUUUAGUGAGUCAACUCGUCUUAUUAUAAGUAUGGGGAUAUUUGCAGGAAACUGGACCUCUACAGAAGAUUCUUGACCCACAAUGAGUGGAUUUCCAGCGGGCGAGUCCAUAAUGCUGUCUGCAGUAUAGUUCAGAAAUCCCAAUGCAUUAUGAAUGAAUAAAUGAAAUGGUUUAUUUCAAGCAAUCGGGUAAUAAUACAUAAAAUAGACACAUAUUACAUAAUCAAACUAUAGCACAUAGAUUCCUAUAAUAGACUUGAAAAAUCUUAUGGCAUCACCAUAAAUGGCUGCAUUGACGGAUUUAGUCGGCACAUCAUUUUAAUGGAGGUUUACACCACCAACAUUUUUUAAAAAGCAUCACUUUUUUUAAUUACAUUUUUUUUUCAUAAAUAUAUUACUUAUUCUGAUAAAAUUAUAACUUUUUUGUCAAAAAUGUACAACUUUACUGUUGUACAAUUCAAACUUUUUUUUCUUAAAAAUUUAAUUUUAAUUUAAUUUAAUUAAAAAAAACUUUUUGUCAGAAAUGUAGAACUUUCUUCGUCAGAAUUUUACAAUUUUACUUUUGUAAAAUUAUUACUUUAUUCUCAUAAAUCCACAUGUUUUUUUCUUAAAAAUUUACAACUUUAUUCAAGUUAUAUUACAACAUUUUUCUCAUAAAUUUAUGACUUUAUUCUUGUAAAAUUACAAUUUUUUUUGGUAAUGUCACAACUUUAUUCUUGUAAAUUCCUUUAUUGUUUUAUUUUUAUGGUGAGGCUGAUACUCCAUAAUUACGUCUUUAAAGAGAAAUUUAAAAUUAAAUUACUUUUUGUUGAAUUUUCCUAUGAGAAUUUUCUGUAAUUCAAACGACUUUAAAUUUAUAUUUAAGAAAAUAUUAUUUAAGAAUUUUAUAACACAAUAAAGACAUUUUAAUAUCUGAAGUAACUAGACAUAAAAGACAGAAAAAGAAAAACAUAUUUUAAAAAUGUUUCUGCUUUUUUUUUUGGCAGUUGUGAUUUAACUUUUUGUUCUUCCGACAAACCACGCUAUAGUAAAGAUCCAAUACUUAGGUGUGCUGUUCUGACAGUGUUUACAGAUAAUCGUGUCCAUGUGUUUUCUCCUUAUCUUAGCUAAAACUGGAAUGUUUUCCUUGCAUGCGAGAGACAAUAGCAAUAGUAUUUGUAGAUAGUUUUUCUCCCUACUGCAUUUAAGCAUUUAUCCUACUCAGUAUUUGCGUUGGAAGGACAAAACCAAUUAAAGAUAACCAAAUUUGCAAAAGGUCCAUAACUGAGAUGAAAUGCUGUUGGGAAUUGUUAAUACCAAGUCUGUUGCAUAGAUAAAUCAUAUUUAUAUUUCUUAUCUUCUGAUCAGGUUGGUGUUUAAAUGAUACAGCCAGUACUUUCUAUACUACAACAGCAUGAUGCCAGUACCUGCCUGUUUUCUUUUUUUUACAGUGUGAAUGCACAUGUAUGUUUAAAUGUAUGAGACCUGUGAAUGAAAAUACUCUUUUGUGUUUUUUGUACGUUUGUAUCCCUGUGAUCUGGCCUCGUGUUCAUAGAAGCGGUGAAAGACCCCCCUCCCCCCGUCAGAUCAGUUUUUAUUCUUUACCUGUGCAGCUGCAUUCCUGUACGACCUCAGUCGCGUUUGUUUGUUCACCCCAACGUUGCAUGAUACAUGUUGACAGGACGUAAGCCAAAUGAACAGAGAAUAAAGCAUGUUGAGAAAGAAA